UUCCCUUAAACGGAACACGCAUACAACUUAGUGUUCCGUCCUGUCCUCUGGUCUGUAUGGUAACUUUUACUACAGAGUCACAGCAAACAUGGUCAGAAAGAAAGAAUGGAGUCAGUAUUGUGUAAGGCCGCACGGCUCUUACUGACCCCAAAGUGUCAAAGUAAACACACUGCACCGUUCAGUGUAGUGGGACUGUCCUUCAUCCAGAGGAGGAACACCAGGAGCAGUUGUGUGUUCAUGGAGAAGUCAUCAUCCUCAGACAGAUCCAGGCUGGAGGAGCGAAAAGGCCUGGUGGAGGUGGAUGGUGAAGUGCUACGAGGAGCUGAGGGUGGAACUGAAGAUCCACAAACUUCAAGGAGGAGCACCUCAUCCCGCAGGAGUUUCCGCCUGGAUUACAGACUGGAGGAAGAAGUGACAAAGUCCUGUCGGGACAAACACGGUCGUUGGACCAACCCCUGGCCCACAUGGAGGUUCCCGUCCUACUCAACCCUCCUCAGGUUCCUGUUGUUGGACAAAAAUCACAGCAAUGUGCCAACUACUAAAGAGGCUUUGGACGUGAGCUUCCCGGUGAUGGAGCCAAUACUUCAUCCAAAACUGACCUGUCUGACUACUGGUCCAGGUCUGAGAGUCACCUGGCUGGGCCACGCCACAGUUCUGGUUGAAAUGGACGGGCUCAAUAUUCUGACAGACCCCAUUUUCAGCCAGAGGGCUUCACCGUUGCAGUUCAUGGGGCCCAAGAGGGUAGAGGGCCCCCCCUGCACCGUGGAACAGCUGCCCAGGAUCAACGCCGUCGUCAUCAGUCACUCUCAUUACGACCACCUGGAUGCUGGAUCUGUAUCCAGCCUUAAUGCACGCUUUGGGGGGGAGCUACGCUGGUAUGUGGAUGAAAGGAGUGCGGUGCCCUUGGGUCUGACUGGACUGGCUCAUGAAGAUGGCUGUGAGAAUGAGGAUCUGGACUGGUGGGAGAGAGAAUGUGUCCCAGGUCACGAUGAUGUCACAUUUGUGUGCACGCCCUCAAAUCAACACUGGAGCAAACGCACAGAGCUGGAUGAUAACAAGUCUUAUGGAGCAGCUGGUCUGUUUGGGGCCGGACCAUCGAUUCUUCUUGCUGGUGAUACCGGCUACUGUGCUUCUUUCAAAGAAAUUGGGCGGCGCUUUGGCCCAUUUGAUCUCGCAGCAAUUCCAAUCGGAGCAUAUCUGCCCAGGGAUGUAAUGCAGGGACAGCAUGUGGAUCCAGAGGAGGCCGUUCAGAUUCACCAAGACAUUCAGGCCAAGCGGUCGGUGGCCAUCCACUGGGGAACGUUUGCACUUGCCUAUGAGCACUACCUGGACCCCGCCGGUCCGUCUCAAGAGGCCCUGGAACAGAAGGGGCUGAAGUCUGAGUCCUUCUUCACCUUAAAUCAUGGGGAGUCACGACUAAUAUCCUCGAAGCAAGGAGAUGUCUUUGAUCUGAUGCUGUUUGUUACAUUUCAUGAGCUGAGCUAAUCUGUGUCUGUAACCAGAUGGACUUUAGUGAUUACGCUUUGAAAUGCAUACAUGUAUGCAGCUCCUCCCAAAUGAAAAUAAGACUGAAUGUUUUUCCUGCCAUAGUAAUGGUAGCAGUAGUACCUACAGCAUAAUGUGAUCCAACUCUAAGAUCAGAUCUUUUCAGUUUACAGUUACAACUCAGCUACAUAUGGAAAAGAUUAGGAUUUGUCAUGGAUCCCUAACAGUACAGGUGUACUAAAAGGCUACAAAUUAGAUUACAUACACAAGGGUUGGGCUUUCAGCAUCGUGUUGAACACCAUUAAACCCUGAACAUUUCUUCUUUUUGUGGUCUCAAAGAUGUAAUAUCAGGUUUCUGCAGCUGGUUUUUCAGGGGUCCUAGGGAUCAGUGUAUCAGAAUAGGAAUAUAACAGACCAACUAGGGCUGGUUCAAGUUAUUUGGUGACCUGUAGUGAUCUUUCAUGUAGUAGAAAAUGUUUCAUGUAUGUAGGUUGAGACAUAAACCUGUAUGUGGAGAGUGCAGUCAGUGUUCUGUGUUAUAUUCACGCACUGAAGCUGUAGAAUUAAAGACAAAACAAAGUGUGAGAUGAUUUUGAAGUUGAAGGUUGAAGUUCGUAAUACCUUUAGUAAGGGUAUCCAAUUUUUGUUGAAUGUACUCUGGUUUUGUUUCCUGAAAUAAACUCCCACCUGGUGGUUGGCCGAGGAAAAAAAAAACUGUAAAAAGCUAGUGUAGUGUUGCCACAUGUGAAGUUGAGCUGGUUCAACUUCAUGCACUGCAAAUAUUUUGGAUUGUUUCUGCUGCAGACAUUUAUUUUUGGUGCCCAGAAACCACAGCUAAAAGAUUUUCUUUCCUGCUUUGCUUAUCAUUGUGAUCAUUUACAUUCUCUUCAAACUUUAGUCCACAGAUGUAGUUGCCUCUGAAGGCAGUAGACUAGUUUUGUUUAUCAAACUGCCUGUGUUUUGUUUAGAUGACAGACGUUUUCUGUCAGAAUGUAUAAGCUGUUAACAGGCUGCUUUUCACUGUCGGUGCAAACUGUGGUUUACGCUUAAUUCAUGUCAAUGAAUAUCACAUUAAAAUGUAUUUUCAUUCGCUUGUUUCAUACUAGUGACAGCAAGUUCAGUGUUGAUGUACCUGCAGCUGUAUUAAGUAUCUAAGAUGCCAUAUAGAAUAUUUGGAAAUGGUAAUAAAAAUGCAUACUUUUACUGUGACUGACCAUCAU